AUGACUCAGGGAUCUCAGUUGCAAACCCACGGGCAACAUAACUCCUUGAGUACUGUCAAUAUGAAGCCUAACCUUCAAGGAUGGGAUAAAACGCAUGUUUCCCGCGGAUCUCUUACUAAAAUGGCCAAAAGAGAACAGAGAAAAUCAAGAUUCAUGAAACUGUUCUCAUCUCACAAAAACAUCAAGCAACGAAAGAUAUUCCAGAAGAAUAAGUCCCACAGGAUGCAAGAUGCGGAUCAGUCUCAGUAG